CGAGUUUACUGCGACAUGAAGACAAUGGACGGAGGAUGGACGGCAAUCCAAAAACGUGUCAAUGGAUCUCUGAGUUUUGACAGGACCUGGACAGAAUAUAAAGAUGGUUUUGGUUCACCGGAACAGGAUGUCUGGGUUGGAAAUGACGUAAUUCAUCAGUUAACAAAAGAAAAAGACUGUUUCCUAUAUGUGUCCAUCACUCUCCAAGAAGGUACAACGUUGUAUGAAAUGUACGAUCGAUUCUCGGUCUCCAAUGAAACAGAGAAAUAUCAACUCUUUCUUGCAGGACCCGCCACGGGAACCUUAGGAGACAGUAUGGUAAACACCGGAAGGUCUUACACCAAUCUCGCUGGGAUGUACUUCAGCACCCCAGACAGAGAUAAUGACAGACAUAGUGACGGUAACUGUGCUGCUUACAGUGACGUCAGAGGAGGGUGGUGGUUUAACGCCUGUCGCUUCGCCUUCCUCAAUGGUCAGUGGUCCCGGGCAGAGUGGACGUUUCCUUGGUAUCCUACAGUAGAGAGUGGAUCAACUGUUAGGGAGACCAUGAUGUUGAUCAAAUGUCUCUAG